CAAGAAUCAGACGUGGUUAUCAUACAGACACAGAGUGUCGUCUGCCUUUUUAUUCUGGACUUAAUUUCCUGUGAAGAUUUAAUUAAAGCUGGAACAAUGAAGAGCUUAAUCUUCUUAAUCUCUGCCUUAACUCUUGUUAUCCUCCAAGUGACAGCAGCCCCAACCCGAGCGGAAGCAGAAGAGGAGGACGCAGUUGAGAAGGAGCUUGAGCGCCAUCAUCACGCGACCGGAAGUCGGGUAAAAGACCAUUCAAAUGAGAAAGACGACGUCGACCAAUCGCUAUACGACCUCACUGUCGGUGACGUCAUAUAUGACGUAUUGCUGACGCUUCGUGAACACCCGGAAAUAGUCAAGCAACUCAUUGAAAGUGAGAAGGCUAAGUUGGCGGAGGAGUUGGCAGCGUACGAGGUAUACCGGGACACGGACACUGUGGGAGACGACCUCGCUGGCUACCCUGCCCAGCAACUUAGUUUGGCUUCUAAGAGUGUGCAGAAGAAAGCUGACCAGACCGGAGCGCCAACAGGACCAGACGGAGUAGCUAAUAUUGAUGAUAAGCGCGCAGAAGAAGUGACAAAUGACGCGUUUACAGGCAAGACAGCCGACAGCGAGUCCAAGGAAUUCAAGGAGUUUUUGGAAAAUCCGACAGAGGGAGGAACUGCAGACCCCAUGUUCAACUACGAAAAAUCCGUAUCGCCAGUCGAAAAUAAGAAUACAAAAGCCACGGAAAUUAGAUCACCACUUGCCAGAAAUAACAUUUAUAAAAGCGGAAUGGGUCAGUACCGAUCACCGUAUGGACUUCCGUUCCUAAAUCACCUUCCGCUGUUCCGCGGAUUUCCCGAGGCUGGGCAGGUCGAUGGUCUGCCCAUUUCUUCUGAAACAGUCGAAAUUGCAGAUGCAAACUCACAAGAACUACACACACAAGAUAAUAGUUCGAAUAAUGAGGAGGACUUGGACAAAGUACAUAACGGUGCGUCCAGACAGCGGCCUCUAACACACAAGUUCACAGACGAAGACAUCGUGAAGAUGUAAUGCACGAGUAGUACGAGUGACGUGGACGUCAACAAUCGCUCACAUAUCAUCAAACAGUUUCAUUGGGGACAAUGAAGUUUACAUUAAGUUCAUAGCAUGUUCUUGAGUUCAAUGCCAGAAUUGAAACACACACAUAUUAAAAUUGAGAUAUAUUUACAUUUUUUUGAUUGGCAUAGGAAGCUUCGAUACAUACUGGAUGCUUUAAUUUAUAAAUAUGUCCAAAUUACUCGUGACAUGAAACACCCCUUUCUGUAGACACAUGCACUGUUUUAUGGAAUCUCUAACCAAUGAGAAUACAAAUGUAUGUGUUUAUACGCGUGUUACACUUUCCCUUGACAAUCAUUAUAUCGUUUACAUGUGUUUAUACUAUUUCAUUAUCACGGCUGUGUGCAGGAUGGAUUUUUAUUGUCCUCUUUCAAAUAUGUUAUGGUGUUUUUCAUGACAAUGUUUGACGCAGAAGAACCUGCCGUUUUAAUUUUCAGAUUGUUACCUUAUAAUCAAUCUGAUGUCAUAUUUUAGUUUUACUUUUAAAAAACAGAUCGAAAGACUAAAACUAUUUGGUGGGGAAAUGCCGACUUAGACUAUGAGUUUUUUUUAUGUCAUGAAUGUUUUAGUUUAUAUUUUUUAUAAAUCAAACCUUUUAGUUACAUUUAAGACAUUUCCCUACGGUUGUAU